GCGCUCUUCCGAGGGUCAUAGAAGUAGUUUUGACAUGUCCGCACGUCCCUCUGGAUCUGGAACCCUGAGGCCCUGUGCGGUGCGGCUCAUCAGGGCGGAGGCGCUGGUGGCCCUGCUGGAGGGGGGGCUGGACCGGGUGCUGCUGAUUGACAGCCGGCCCUUCGUGGACUACAACGUGUCCCACAUCCUGGAGGCCGUCAACGUGAACUGCUCCAAGCUGAUGAAGAGGAGGCUGCAGCAGGACAAGGUCCAGAUCGGCGAGCUGCUGCAGCACUCCGCCAAAAAGAAGCUGGAGCUGCAGGCCGACCGCGACGUUGUCGUGUACGACCACAGCUCUUCGCACCUGCCAGGUCUGAGCCCCGAGUCCUUCCUCAGCAUCCUAUUGGCCAAACUGGACCAGAACUUCCCGUCCGUCCACCUGCUGUCAGGUGGUUUUGCGGAAUUCUCCCACAUGUUUCCUGGGCUUUGUGAGGGGAAGUCCACCCUGGUGCCUUCGUGCAUCUCUCAGCCGUGUUUGCCUGUGACCAACAUCGGACCGACCCGCAUCCUGCCUCACCUGUACCUGGGCUGCCAGAGAGACGUCCUCAAUAAGGAUCUCAUGCAGCAGAACGGCAUCGGGUACGUCUUGAACGCCAGUAACACCUGCCCCAAACCGGACUUCAUCCCAGAGUCCCACUUCCUCAGAGUUCCCGUCAACGACAGCUUCUGCGAAAAGAUCCUGCCGUGGCUGGACAAAUCGGUGGAGUUCAUAGAAAAGGUCAAAGCCUGUAACGCUCGUGUCCUCGUGCACUGCCUCGCCGGGAUCUCCCGCUCCGCCACCAUCGCCAUCGCUUACAUCAUGAAGAGGAUGGACAUGUCACUGGACGAGGCGUACAGGUUUGUGAAGGAGAAAAGGCCGACCAUCUCACCCAACUUUAACUUCCUGGGACAGCUGCUGGAUUUUGAGAAAAAGAUCAAAACUUCUGUCGGUACUGAGACAAAACUAAAGUCCCUUCAUCAUCCUGAGCAGGUCUGCGAGGCUCCAGUUCAGUCCAAGGACCUGGGCGGUCUUCAGCAGUCUGCAUGCAGCACAGAGGGCACUGUUCCAUCAGAGCCCUUUACCCCGCCCUGUGACGGUUCUGAGGACCAGCUCCUGGCCCGGGCUCUGACCGGGCUGCAGGUGUCGGACGGUCCGGAGGAUAACACCAGGCUCAAGCGCUCCUUCUCCUUAGACAUCAAGUCGUAUGGAGAGGCAGGCAGUAACCGAGUCUUCGUUCCUCAUACUGGACCAGGAGACUCAUCAGACUUCUUCAAAAUUUCUGCCUUCAAGGAACCAGCCAUCAAUCCCUGGCAGUUCUCCCCGGUGCAGGAGGUGUCGGAGCAGUCCACUCCGGAACAGACUCCUGACAAGGAGGAGGCAGAUGGACCAGAACGGAUCGCACCAGCUGCCCCCGUCAACAAGCUUCCGCCUGCGGUAGCUCGCGGUCCGCAGCAGUUACACCGCAGUGGCAGCGUGGAGGAGAACGCUCACCCCACCAGCUUCCUGUUCGGUCUGUCCCGCAGUCAGCAGCACCUUGCCAAACCCAGCUCCAGCGGCGCCCUCAAAGGCUGGCACUCUGACAUCCUCCUCGGCCCCGUCACCGUGUCCACGUCAUCCCUCGCCGGCGGCUGGUACCGCGCGUCAGACUCCGCCUGCUUCUACUCCACAUCAGCCAUCCUGAGUGGCGGUGGCGGCACCAGUGGGGCCUUCGCCGCCUACAGCUGCGGCCACAGCCUGGAAGCAGUGCGGCGGCGCGGCCGUCAGCAGACGGGAGACCGGAGAGACUCUCGCCGGAGCUGGCACGAGGAGAGCAGCUUCGAGAAGCAGCUGAAGCGGCGCAGCUGCCAGAUGGAGUUUGGUGACGUCAUGACGGACAGCCACUCUCGGGAGGAGAUGGGGAAGGUGGGGAGCCAGUCCAGCUUUUCCGGCAGCAUGGAGAUAAUCGAAGUGUCCUGAACCAGGUCCGAGCUUUUUGUUGGGACAGUUCUUUAUUCUGGAACUCUGGGAAUCCAAACUGACGCGAGAAUGAAAAUUGUUUUGCUCCGUUGACCUGAAAUAAGAAUAUGUGUCUGUUUGGUUUUAUUUUACUGAAUGUGACGAAAAAGACGCAGAACUCAUCCGGUCACACUUGGACUGGUUACUUUUUUUUUUUUAUCCACUCGUUUAGCAAAAAUCACGGUUCAGUGGUUCAGUUUGGAGAUGAUCUUCAUGUCACACACGUCACCUACUUCAGGUUUUUAUUUUAACAGAUCAUAUUUAAAUUUAGAAGGAAAAAAAAAUCAGGGUUCUUCAUACAGUUAAGGCUUUUAUCAAAGUAAAAUCUCUAAAUUAAAAUAUGAAAGAACUGCUAAUGAUGCCGAACCCCUUUAAUAAAAUAUGACCAUAGUCCAGGUAUCCAAAUUCCACACAGGAAGGACCAGGCGGGAAGAGAACCAAGAACCAUCUGCAUUUCUAAACACUUCAUUUCAAAGUCGCUGAAAAUCAAAUGACACCAGAUAGUAAAUCUGUCUAGAGCAGGAAGCCUCAAAAAACUGAGAGAAGCCACCAAGACACACAUGACAAUCCGGCAUCUGUUUGGUUUGUUGUUUCACCAGAUGGCCUGAAAUCUGAAGGUCUCUAAGAGACUGUAACCAUGAGUUUGUUUUCUGUUGGUAAUUUUGAUUGUUCUGCAGAGAUGUUUUCGGUUCAUUUUUUUAUGAAGCCUACAUUUUGAUUUGACGAUUUUCAAAUACGACAGCACAACCCGUGACCUUGACCUAUGACUUCUAUAUGAGAACUUGUUCCAGAUCUUAGGCUAAGGUACGUAAACCUGGAAAGUUUGGUGCUGAAAAGUUAUCUUUCCACGUGCGCGCACGCCGACUAACCCGCACAUAGCCAGCUAGCUUAGCGGCAUGCAACAAGCUUCUUUUCCCCCAAUGAUCUUGCUAACUAGCUUAGCUAUGUGCAAUAAGAUUGUUUUUUCCCCUCACAAUCUAGCCUACUAGCUUAGUUUUGUUCAACAAGCUUGUUUUUUGUUUGUUUUCCCCCUAACAGUCUAGUGAACCAGCGCAUCUUUUUCUUCCCCAAAAAUCUACCAACCUAGUUUAGCUACGUGAAACAAGCUUGUUUUCUCACAACAGUCUCGCUAACUAGCUUUAAAGGAAACAAGGUUUCCCCAUAGCUAGCUAGCUUAGCUGCAGGCAACAAGUUGUUUUUUGUUUGUUUUUUUUUUCCCCCAUAAUCUACUUACUCAUUGAGAUUUUGUGUAGCAAGCUUGUUCUUGCAGCUUAGGUAUGUGCAGCUUCUUGUUCUCCAAAAAAUCUCACUAACUAGCUUAGCUACAGGCAACACGCUUGUUUCCCCCACAGUCUGACUACCUUAGUUUUGUGCAGCAAGCUUUUAUUUCCCCCCCCAACAAUCCAGCUUUGCUACACGCAGAUUUUUGUUCUUCAAAUAUCUAGUCAACUAGCUUAGCUAGGUGCAACAAGCUUGUUUUUCCCCAACAAUGUAGUCAACUAGCCUAGCUAAAUAACUUUGUUAGCCGUUAGCAAUUGUUCUAGGCUACCUACUAGUGAGCUCAUUUGGCUAAUGUUAACAAGUACUUGAGGUGAAAGAGUUUAUACUAUCCAGGUAUAACUGACUAAACUAUGCCUAUCUGAUUUUUGGUUGCGUUUAUAAACCAGCAAAACGGGAAUUUAUAAAAUUAGACAACAUAACACAGCUAGCUGCUAAGUCACCGCCAAUUUUUUAUGUUUAUUGUCAGAUGUUAUAAGGAUAGAGAUAGCUGCCGUAAGAACUAUGUCCGUGUAACCAGUUCCGAAUGCAAAACACUUUUUUUGUUUUUUUUUGCUGAGGACUGAGCCUUUGAACAGUUUUGUGGAUGAGUGCUGAUCGUCUUUUUUUUUUUUUUCUUGUACUGAAAUGAAGUAUAAUGAAGCGUGUUGACACUGAACUGGAACUUGUGCGCCUUCUGAAGGUUUCAGUCGGUCUAGUACCUCACCAGUUUUUUUUUGUUUUGUUUUGUUUUUUAGUUGCUCAUUGCCCGUUAGAAUCUCAGGUGUUAUUUGAGCUGCAGGGACAGACUGUGGAACGCUUUCUCCUAAGGGAUCCGGUUCUGCUGCAGAGGAAGUGACGUCAGCCUCUGAAGUUCCCACUUGAAGUGGCGGUCAGACGUGCCGGCAGACUGAUUCAUUCCUGAUUGAUUCCGGGUCUUUAAGAGGCUGGAACUCUUCUUGCUGCAGACACCAGUAUAAGCGAAUAACUUCUGUUCAAUCAGACUGAUGUAGAAGUUGACGGCUCCUUUUUUUGGCUCACAAACUGUCCUAUUUUGCAGUUAAUCUUGCACUACUGUGGUUUGAGACUGGGAUUUGAUUAAAAGUAUAUGAAGUGA